AUGACAACCCGAUACCGCGUCGAGUAUGCCCUCAAGACCCAUAGACGGGACCAGUUCAUCGAAUGGGUCAAGGGACUCUUGGCCGUGCCGUUUGUGCUCUACUCCCAGCCAACGGGAGUUUUUGGCGAUGACACCAACGUGGCCAAGAUGGCUGAAGAGGCCCACAGACGCUACGCAGAGAUUAUGCGAGACGUUGAAUUGAUGAUUGACGACCACAUCGCCCGCCAAAACCAAGAUCGUAUCUUCCCCUCCAAGCUUGGAAUGCUGGUUCCCACCGCGGGGCCAUUCUUCACGCGGCUACCUUUGGAAGCAGCUUUCAAGUACCAGGAUCGGAAGCGGUACAUCUCGUCAAGACGCUAUGUGGCGCCUUCUUUCAACGAUGUUCGUCUGGUUCUGAAUUCGGCGCAGAUUAUGGCUGUUACGGGCGGCACCCUCCAGCUGGCAACGUUUGAUGGUGAUGUGACACUGUACGAUGACGGACAGAGUUUGGAACCAACAAGUCCCGUUAUUCCACGUCUGCUCGAUCUUUUGCGCAAAAAUAUCAAAAUUGGCAUCGUUACCGCAGCUGGGUAUACCACCGCUGAACGAUACUACGACCGCCUCCACGGCCUCCUUGACGCCAUCGCCACUUCUACAGAUCUCGACCCUGUGCAGAAGCAAAACAUCGUCAUCAUGGGAGGAGAAUCCAACUAUCUCUUCGAAUACGAGCCAUCUUCGCCCUAUCGCCUAGCGCCUGUCCCUCGCCCAGAGUGGCUCACUCCAGACAUGGCGGCCUGGUCAGAGGCAGACAUCAAUGUACUCCUGGACGUGGCAGAAUCGGCUCUUCGAGACUGUAUUCGCACGAUGAAUCUUCCCGCCCUCAUUGUUCGAAAAGACCGCGCCGUGGGAAUCGUCCCCAACCCUCCUGAGAUACAAAUUGCUCGGGAGAGCCUGGAAGAGACUGUAUUGGUGGUACAGCGUAUCCUGGAGCUCAGUGCCUUGGGCUCGCCUUCUCAACAGGCUGGCCAAAGCGCGCAGGGACGCCGCGGAGUUCCGUUCUGCGCCUUCAACGGUGGCCGCGAUGUCUUUGUCGACAUUGGUGACAAGAGCUGGGGCGUGACUGUCUGUCAACAGUGGUUCGGAAGACGCAACGGGGGCACCACUGGAGCUGACGCGGCGCUGACGGCAAUCAGGGGCGAGAAUACACUGCACGUGGGAGACCAGUUUCUGAGCGCCGGAUCCAACGACUUCAAAGCAAGGAGUGUGGGAACAACAGCCUGGAUCGCAAGCCCAGCGGAGACGGUGGAGCUGCUGGAUGAGCUGGCGGAUUUUAUGCAGAAGAAGCUUUCAUGA